CUUGCAUGCCUACUAGCAUUAGUGACAUCAUAAUACCGUGCAUCCUUACUUGCAAGCCCACAGUUGCCACAAAGAAAAGCAUUACACCACUGCUGUGUAUAGCUUAGUAACUAGCUGUAUAAGCUUGCAGCUUGUUGCUCAUUGCGCACCUGCGCGACCGAUUACUCCAGCGAUUACUGGUAUAUGAGGCACCAGGAGCCGAGAUAAUUAUCGGAUAAGCAAUGGCCCCGCGAUUGGGAGGCCUUUUGGCUUUUAGGUACCGUCUCGCCAAGUUCGGCGACGCAGCAGACGAGUUCCUCUUCUCCAUUUUCCAGGGCUCUAACGCCGUCACCCCGCCCUCGCCCUUCUCCCAGCGGGGUAAAUCACCGUCCGAUGGCGCCUCCAUAUCCCCAUCUUCGCCUUCCUCUCGUCCUAACAGCGAGGGCGGCCCAAAGCCUUAUGGCGGCGGGGGCUUUCUCGGCGGGUCCAUAAGUGACGCUUACCGUCGCGCACGCGAGGUGUACGACGCUCCGUUGACCGAUCACAUGUACAUCACCGGACCAGCCAUGGCGCCCACACUCAACCGGCGGGGGGCUAAGGACGCCGCUGCUCGCGCUCGGCUGGUUCUGCGGAUGCUGCGACGCCCGGGUCCCCGCAACGUGCUGGUGGGGGACGUGGUGGCCUUCCACUCGCCCCUCGCGCAGCGAGACGACACCACCGCGGUCAUGGUACGCCGUGUGGCGGCGGUGGAGGGUCAGGAGAUGGUGUCGAGCUCCGAAACCGAGCCGCCCUUCAUCAUCCCGCCCGGGCACUGCUGGGUGAUGGCUGAUAACGGCUCCUUGCGGCCCGAGGCGGGGGAGGUGAUUGACUCGCGGUCGUACGGCCACAUCCCCUUUUCCGCGGUCAUUGGGCGUGUGGUGUAUGCGGCCAGCAGCAGCGCGGGAAGUGGUGGUGAGGGGAAGGGGCGGGUAAUGGAGGAGGCGGAUCAUGGGCCGGUGAGGAACAGUCCGG